UUUGUUGUGCAGCUGGCAGGAGCAGCUAUUCUGGGUGUGGGGAUCUGGGUGAAGGUGGACAGUGGGUCUAUCCUGAGUUUUCUGCAGAAUACACAAGGAGCUCCAGGUGAGCUGGGGCAGGUGUUGAACGUGGGAUACCUCCUCAUCGCAGUGGGUGCUGUGCUGCUCAUCCUGGGCUUCCUGGGCUGCUGUGGAGCGAUCAAAGAAAGCAGGUGCAUGCUGCUGCUGUUCUUCAUCAUCAUUCUGAUUGUGUUCAUUGCUGAAGUCGCUGGAGCGAUUGUGCUGCUGGUCUUUAAGCCUCUGGCUGAAAACCUGAUAAAACAGAUGGGAAGCGAAGUUGUGAAAAACAUGAAAAACGAUUAUGGGAAAAAUAAGGACGUCACUGGACUAUGGAACACGACCAUGACCACGCUGAAGUGCUGUGGAUUCAACAACUAUACAGACUUCACAAAUUCUUACUUUGUGAACGACACCAAGAGUUACCCAGUUCAGUGCUGUAAUAAAGUUCCAUGCAUUGAGACCACAGCUUUUCAUUCGACUAUACCAGGUUGUUUCCUAGCACUGAAGAAGCUGGUAGAUGAUAAUGCAGUUAUCCUCAUAGCUGUAGCACUGGGAAUCGCUGCUCUUGAGCUUGCAGCGAUGAUUGUCUCCAUGAUCCUGUAUUGUAAAAUAGGAUCAAAACAGCUGAAGUGCUGUGGAUUCAACAACUAUACAGACUUCACAAAUUCUUACUUUGUGAACGACACCAAGAGUUACCCAGUUCAGUGCUGUAAUAAAGUUCCAUGCAUUGAGACCACAGCUUUUCAUUCGACUAUACCAGGUUGUUUCCUAGCACUGAAGAAGCUGGUAGAUGAUAAUGCAGUUAUCCUCAUAGCUGUAGCACUGGGAAUCGCUGCUCUUGAGCUUGCAGCGAUGAUUGUCUCCAUGAUCCUGUAUUGUAAAAUAGGAUCAAAACAGGUUUAAUGUCUCACCUUUAGCUUGAAUAUCUCUCUGAUGACUCCUCUGGGUUACUGAGGACGAGGUGGAUCAUCUGUGAUAAUAUCACUGUGACUUUUGCAAACAUUUCGAAUUGUAUCUAACAAUAUGACAUUACAAAUCCCUCUGGGCGUCCACAAAAAAAAAAAAGUAAAUUCAGACUGUUAAGCCUAAACUUUGACUGCAAACAUGAGUUUUGAGAGAUCCCAUUGUACUGUACUUAUGUUAAAAUGAGCUGUUUAAGCUGUUUUAAUGUUUAAUGUUGGCCUAUCUGAUU